UCUGCGAGAAUGGUUGGUACGAAGAGGACUGUCCGCAAAAUGAGUCCGGAGUUACCAAAGCCUCCAGUGGACCACUUUUGUGAGCUUCAAAAACUGCUUUCUCCAACGCUGAGUGAGGAUGAAAAAGAAUUCCUUACGAUAUGUUACUAUCGUUCUGACCAAGAGCCGAGAGCAGUUGAAAUCAUAUCGGAUUAUCUGGACCGAGGAGUUAACGUCAACGUCAUAUCCGCGUAUUCUGCUACUGCCCUCGAUCUUGUCUGUUUGACGAACUCCAAGCCGAACGCCAUUGACCUAGUUCGCUUGCUACUACAACACGGCGCAAAUCCGAAUAAAAGAUCUGCCGACUCGAGCACGCCAUUACAUAAGCUUAUAUGGACCAAUCAUAGCGCCACUCUUAUUCCACUGAUGUCUCUUCUCAUCCAGUACGGAGCGGAUGUUAAUGCCCGCCAAGAGAACGAUGAAAAUGCUUUACACAAGUUGCUACGAGUGAAUCAAACGCCCGACUUACUUUGCGCCGUGCGUCUGUUAGUUGAGAGCGGGAUCCGAAUGAACGAGAACGGUGGUCGGGCCAAAGGAUUUGGAUCGGCGCUUCACAUAUUAUGCGAGGCCAAUCAAACGUCACAUCUGCUUAACGUGGCCCGAUGUUUGGUUGAGAGUGGAACUUGUGUGAAUUUGAGAGAUGACAAAAACAAUACUGUCCUUCACAUCCUAUGUCGCUACAACCAAACCGACCAUCUACUUCCCGUGAUGCGAUUUUUCGUAGAAGCUGGCAUGACGGCAACAGAUGUAACGGCCAAGAACGCACAAGGCCAGACUGCGCUUCACGUACUAUGUCAGUAUAACCAAACGAAAGAGUUACCAAGCGCCGUCGAAUUCCUUGUUCAAAAUGGCUUUCAUGGAUCGAACACUAGUAACUCGCAGUCGGCACUGUCAUUUGUAUGCAAAUACAAUCAGACGGAUCAGCUACCUGCUGCGAUGAAAUUGCUAAUCCCUUUGGAGGAUGUUAAUCAGACAGAUUAUUAUGGCAUCCGCGCUACUCAUUUAUGCGCGCAAUAUCAGAAAGCUUGUAUCAUCACGUCGCUGAACAUUUUGGCUGAUAACGGUGCGGAUCUCGCGGCCACUAACUCGGACGGUGAAACCAUUUUGCAUCUGACGUGUCAGUACGCUGAUAAGCUCAAUUUAUUUUUAUUUUUUUCAUCGCUGAGUGAAGAACUCGUACGGAAGCUGGUCGAUUUGCCAGAUGCACUUGGCAGGACACCCCUUCAUCAAGCAGCUAAGAGUGGUUGCAUGAAAACAGUUCAGUUCUUGGCUGGUUUCGUCAGUACCCGUAUUUUGGACGUCAAUGGCAAAUGCUUCAUCAAUUAUGUGGAUAACUUUGUACGACAGAAAGGUACUCCUCUGUGUACCUGCUGCUCGUGGGACAGCUCUUUCGUUCUGAAGGAUAUUGACAACCUUCACCGAAAUCUCUACUCCAAACCGACAGUUCAAGCGACUUGUAUUCCGUGCUCUAUGGCUAGGAUAGAAGCCUCCAUUCCAACUCACAUCGACCACGUCUACAUUUUCAAUGCGACAGACAACUACGUCAGAGCACCGCAAAUCAACCAUUGGGAGAAUUUGUUGCGGGUUUGGAACAAUCUGGACGAUAAAUUAGAUUUCGCUGCUGUGACUGCUGUUGCAGAAAUCGGUAUGAGAUGCGGCCGAUUGUGUGUCUAUCGAAAUUGCGUCUGGUGCCACCUCCAAUUAUCCGUCAACAGUUACAUCCGGUGUUUAAUCGACGAGGUAGAGAAACUGGACCCUCGUUUUGCUACGCAGCGUCUCAUCUUCUAUGGAAGCAGCGCUGAACAAACGAGGCUUUUUCAACUGGACGAAUUUGAUUUCCUGGUGGUGCUGUCGCAUUUUGUCGAAGACAAAGACGAUUGCGGCUGCGUAUCGUAUUGUGGCAACAGCCAGGCUACCUUCCUGUGUCACGAGAAUGGGCGACAUGGAAUCUCCUCCGGAAGAGCUGUUUAUUAUUUCUACCAACUUCUCCGAGCAGCAACAAAACGCGUUGGUUGUUUCAACAUCCAUGUUCGUGACAUCUCGUUUGGCGAGACUUGCACGACGCUCCACCUCACAUUUUGUGGUUACGGCCAGGUUAUAUCUAUUAGUAUCGACAUCACUAUUGGUAUAUCUCGUUCUAACUUGCUGCGGCCUGGAAGCGUUAGAAGGUUUCCAACAUCUUUGCGUGACAUGACAUCAUCAUCGGAUAAUUCGGAGGAAGAAACCGAAUACUUAGUACCGUUUCGUGACAAAUGUGGCCCACCGGAAUGGCGACUGUCUUACCCUACUCUAGAGAGGGAUACGUUACUACAAACUGGCGAAGAAGUUCGCAUGUGUUACCGUGUUCUUAAACUGCUGGUAAUGCUGUGUCAACGAAAUAUAUCAGCGUAUGCUGACGAUGCGCAUCAACAGCUGAUUAAGCAGAAGACGAAGCCUUCAACUUACUGCUUAAAGACCUGCCUUUUCCGCUACAUGGAGUUCAACAAUCCGCCAUGGAGUCAAGAAGAUACGAUCUGGCAUUGCAUCGGCAUCCUUGAAGUGCUCCUCACGCAUCCGGGAGUUCACUUAAAAUCAUUUUUCAACCCCCAGUUAACUGUUGCUUAUAUCGAUCACGAGGCAUUGGCUGUUUGUUCCCAAAUCUGUGAGCGACUUCGUUCAUGCAGGAUGUAAUACAAAUCCCUCUUCUCC